AUGACCUACCAUCAUCAUUUCAAUUCAAAGCGCCUAAGCCAAGAGCUAGAGCUCAAGGCCACAGACUGCGUCCGACAUCUCUCAGGCUGGAGACCAGCAGUCGAGGAGAUCAAGACUUGGCCAGAAUACAAGCCACAGCCUUUACGAGACCUGAAAAAUACGGCAAAUUCAAUGAAUGUUCACAGUCUCUUUGUCAAAGAUGAGAGUCAAAGGUUUGGUGUCAAGCUGGCAUCAUUCAAGGCGCUUGGUGCCCCUUAUGCCGUGUAUAAGAUCCUCUCGGACAAAGUCUUUCAACAAACCGGGCUUCGACCUUCUUCUGCCGAACUCCGCUCCGGUAAAUACCGGGACAUUACGCAGUAUGUUACUGUAUGUGUCGCAACCGAUGGAAACCAGGGUCGAGGACUAGCCUAUGGAGCCAAAAUUUUCGGUUGUCGUUGUGUCGAUUACAUUCACAAUUGUGUCAGUGAUGGCCGAAAACAAGCCAUGGAGGAGCUUGGCGCCGUGGUCAUCCGCGUCGAUGGCGAGUACGAAGCUUCCGUGGCAAGGGCCAAGGAAGACGCGCGCAUGAAUGGCUGGCAUUUCGUGAGCAGUACGUCGUGGGCCGAUUUUGAUGACGGCACCCCACAAGACGUGAUGAACGCCUACAUGGUGAUUGUUGAAGAGGCGUUAUCGAUGAUACCAGCCGUCGACAAGAUUACCCAUGUGCUUAUCUGUGGAGGAGUUGGCAGCAUUGCUGCGGCGGUUUUUCUCGGCUUUUACACUCGCUUCCAAGAGUUCAAAAUACUCAACAAGGACAAGGACACAUCCGUACCACGAUUUGUGGUGAUUGAGCCCGAGGAGGCGGAUUGCCUAUUCCAAAGCGCCAGGCAUGGAGACAUGAUCCCCUCAGACGGCACUCUUCACACCUUGAUGGCGGGACUUGCUUGUCGGGCACCUUCACCGGCCGCUUGGAAAAUUCUCUCGUGGCUGUCCAGCGAUUUCAUGGCAGUGUCAGAUUCCGCUGCUGUUGAGGGCAUGAAAGAGCUUGCCACUGGUGCAUCCGGUGACAUUCCUGUGGUUUGCGGCGAAUCCUCGGCAGCUGGCAUGGGUGUGAUGAUGGAGAGCUGCCGAGAUUUUGUGCUUCGUGAGAAAUUAGGUCUCGACAGUAAAAGCCAAAUUCUCAUAUUUGGACUGGAGGGCGCUACAGAUCCAGAGAUAUAUUACAAACUUGUUGGAAAGAAGCCAGAAGAUGUGUUUGCUGCGCAGACUGCCUUCAAUGCGACUUCAUCAGAGCGGCCAAGUGAAGAAGAUUAG